UGUGGUACAAGCCAUGCACAAUCGUCUCACUCUCCCUCCUGAUGGUAGAGCCACUAAAGCCAGAUGGAUGCAUCUACCGGAGAUGGGGUACCUUAUUGCUAACCGGUUUCGGGUGGUUUUCAUCUCCAUCUCGUUAAAAUCUAGUUACACUUACCUUCCGAUGAGAGGAGGCGCCCCACCGUUAGAACAUCCUGUCAUAGCUAUUGGUCAUGUGACCAAUCACUUUGUACAGCUGAAGUUGGUGUCUGGACAUCCUAUGCCGCCAAUUGCUCCCCAAUGGGAAUACAACGUUGAAGAACCCGAGUCCGAAUGGUGUAAACCGUAUAAAGAGCGUUUGGAUAGAUUUAUGGCUGAACACACUGUUUGGAUUGGUCCUUGUGUUAUUACCAACUUUGAUUUAACAGACAUAACAGAAGAUUGAUAAUAUGAUUCAUGUUUGUAAUGUUGUAACCAUGUCUGUAAC